UAAAAGCUUUGAACGUUGAUGCCAAGCUGAAUAAUUACUAAAGCUUUGGUUGAUUUUGCGUGUAGUAAAUUCAUAUUCAUGCUGAACAAUCUUGGCUAUCUCUUGUUCAUCUUUUGCAUUCUUUCUCAAGUGACUCACAACAUAGCGUCUAUAAUCCCAACCAUGAAAGUUUCUGGCAUCCAUGGUCAACAUUUUCUCAACGAGACCGAGUUCAGCUUCCCAGUCUGGUUUUGGCAUAUGUUGUAAACACCAAAAACGAUGGUUCCAAAGCCAAUAGGACUUGGGGUUGACCCUGAUAAGCUGCAUAAACAACAACAGUUCUUUUUGAUAUAUUUUUUGUUGCUCAUCUUCAUCUCGAUUGUGAAGAACAUAUUCACGCAAGAUCACGCGACGAUAGUUCCAUACAGUGUAAUAGUCGGGAUUCCAUUGGACAAUUUGCGUUGUCAAACUGAAUGCAUCAUUAUCGUAUUCUUCUUUGUCCAUUUUGGCUCUACAUUGUUCAACCAAUGUGUUGUAUUCUUUAAUUUUGGUUGCUUCUUUUAGUUUUCGUGCCUUGACAAUUUCCUCGGUUGUCUUUUCGCGUUUUCUACCAUGCUAUUCUUAUGGAUUGAGUCUUUUGUUUUUCGAUAUUUUAAAUUUACCAUAUCACUCAUACUAGAUAGAAAAAAGGGGGGAGGGGAAUAUGUACGCCCAUUGAAUUAGUGCAGUUCAAAUUGAGAAAAUAUCAAAAUACCUAUAAAAAGACAAAUCAUAAAAACUGUUUCUCAUCAUUUGUACAUGUAUGGAAACAGAUAAAUAAAGUGUUGACAUGCAUGUUACAUGCAUUUAUUCUCUGUUGAGGAGAAUGAUGGAAAGAACAACGGGGAUGAUGUCGAUCCAUUAGAGUGUCAAUUUUAUAAAUGAAGAGAGAGAGAGAGAGAGAGAGAGAGAGAGAGA